AUGCCCGUCAUCCUGGCCUGGAGGAGACACGGGGUGGCUUUCGAGAAGGACGGGGUUUUCCUGCACACCAGCGCCAAGCGCCACCCGGAUCAGGACUCGCUCAUCCCAGGGGUCAUCCGCAUCCUCGAGAAGGGCUCAGACCACCUGCUGCAGUGGACGCCCCUGGAGGAAGGUGGUGAUGCUGCCCAGAUUGUUUUCUCCAAAAAGGAGCCCCCGGGCGCGGCCGAGGAGGAGCCCUUCGAUCCGGGCUACGAGCCCGACUGGGCCGUGAUCAGCACCGUGAGGCCCCGGCCGCAGGAGGAGCCCCCGGGCUCCGUGCCCCCGCCCGGCCCCCGGGCACAGUGGGCCUUCACGCUCAGCCUCUCCGAGCUGCAAUCCAUCCGCCGGGGCCGGCCGGGGCUGGGCUGGUCCUACCUCAUCUUCAUCAGCCGGGAGAGCGGGUCCCUGCCCGCCCUCCACUUCCACCGCGGCGGCAGCAAGGCCCUGCUGCGGGCGCUCUGCAAGUACCUCAUCCUGGCCAUCUCCCCCAAGGACUCCCGGCUUUACCUGGUCUACAGCCACGACUCGUACGCGCUGUCACACGCCUUCGACCAGCUGCAGCUGUUCGAUGAGAACUCCUCCAACCUGGUGUCACGUUUCCUGCAGGACCCCUACACGGCCACUUUCGGGGGCUUCUCCAAAGUCACCAGCUUUUUCCGCGGGGCCCUGCACCAUGAGGCUGGCGCCCCCCUGCGGCCCCCGGGCGCCGCCGCCGCCGCUAGCCUGGAGGAUGAGCCAGGCUUCGAGGUCAUCACCUGCCAGGUGCAGCUGGGGCCGCGGCCGGCCGUGUGCCGGGAGGCCCCGGUGACGGAGCAGGACUGGGGGCAGCACCUGGACCCCGAGGGGCGCGUCACCCACCUGGAUGGGCUCAAGAGGAGGAUCUUUGCUGGGCCCCCCCGUCCCAGGGCCUCACCCCACGCGCUGCGCAAGGAAGCCUGGAAGUUCCUGCUGGGUUACUACAACUGGGAGAGCAGCAGCGAGGAGAACCGGGCCCAGGCCCGGCGCCGAACGGACGAGUAUUUCCGCAUGAAGCUGCAGUGGAAGUCGGUGAGCGAGGAGCAGGAACGGCGGAACUCCCUGCUGCGCGGCUACCGCAGCCUCAUCGGCUACGUGCAGGGCAUGAGCGACCUGCUCUCCCCCGUCCUCUACGUCACCCAGAACGAGGUCGACGCCUUCUGGUGCUUCGCAGGUUUCAUGGAGCUGGUGCAACAUAACUUCGAGGAGAGCCAGGAGAGCAUGAAACGGCAGCUGGGCCAACUGGGACUGCUGCUACACUCGAAGGAAUCCGGCUCCUUGUGUUUCUGCUUCCGCUGGCUUCUGAUCUGGUUCAAGCGGGAAUUCGCCUUCGAGGACGUGCUGCAGCUCUGGGAGGUGCUGUGGACGGGGUUGCCCUGUGCCAGCUUCCACCUGCUGGUGGCCUGCGGGAUCCUGGACUCGGAGCGCGAGGCCCUAAUGAACUCAGGGUUCGGCUUCAGCGAGAUCCUCAAGCACAUCAACGAGCUGACGAUGACGAUGAGUGUGGAGGAGACGCUGGUCCGGGCCGAGGCGCUGUACAGACAGCUGGUGGCCAGUCCUGCACCGGGGCUGGAGCUGACUGGCAGCGUCUCGCCCCCCCAGCCCGACAGCAGCAUCGAGAUCCUGCCCCCCGAGGAACCCCCCAUGGCCCAGAGCCCCCUGCCCUGA